GACUACAUUUCACAGAUUGCAAACUGGAGAUAGUGCAAUGCUGCAAUUGGGAAUGAUUACUACAUCACUUGGUAGUAUCCGAAAGCUCAAUGGGGAUCGGCUGCACCGAACCACCCGAACUUUGACCUCAAUUCAUUGGUAGUUACAGGCUACGACUGUUAGUUAGGCGGGAGCCUUCUUGGCGUUUGAUGUGGGAGACGGGACGAGAUAGCCGGAGGCGAUGGACGGAGCGAGACCCGGCAAUGUCAUUAGGCGGCAGCCUCAUUCCACUCGAAGAAGCCCCUUGGAAGCCGCCGUGGCUCUGGCUCUCUUGAUUAUCGCAUACUGGGCUUUCUCUGCGACUAGAAGCCCCAGCAAUGUCAGUCGAGCUAACUCCGGAGGAGGCUGCAACUUCCCGGCAAUCUUCAACUUCGGCGACUCCAACUCUGAUACUGGUGGCAAAUCCGCCGCCUUCCAUCGGAUUCCUUAUCCCAAUGGCGUGACAUUCUUUGGUAAGCCAUCUGGCAGGUACAGCGACGGGAAAGUGAUCCUCGAUUUCGUCGCUGAGAAAUUGGGACUCCCAUAUCUGACUGCGUAUUUGGACUCCAUUGGAGCCAAUUUUCGACACGGGGCAAAUUUUGCCACAGGAGGUUCAACAAUCGAGCCGCUGAAUACUAGAAUAUUCCAGGGAGGAUAUAGCCCUAUCUCGCUCGACAUUCAGCUCUGGCAGUUUGAACAGUUCAAGGCACGAACCCUCGAGCUUCAUGAAGAAGGCAGUUCGUACGCCAAGACUGGACUCCCAAGACCAGAAGAUUUCGGCAAGGCAUUGUACACCAUCGAUAUUGUGCAAAAUGAUCUUCACUCUGCUUUGGAAUCGAUGACCGAGGAACAGAUGUUGGAAUUACUUCCGAGCCUAACCACUCGACUGGCCGGAGCAGUUGAUAAACUAUACCAGCAAGGAGCUAGAGCAUUUUGGAUACAUAAUACGGGUCCGAUAGGUUGCUUGCCUUUUUCCGUCAUCACGUAUCCCCCGGAACCAAACAAUGUGGAUGGAAAUGGUUGUGUGGCUUCCCACAAUGAAAUCGCUCAAGCAUUAAACCGGUUGCUUAAGGAUCAAGUGUCCAAGCUCAGACUGCGACUCCCAGAUGCGAAGUUAAACUUCAUUGACUUAUACUCGGUGAGGUAUUCCUUGAUCUCCGAAGCCAAGAAGCACGGUUUUGCUGACCCUUUAGGAUGCUGUUGUGGCCGCUACGGAGAUAGGCAUUUCGACUGUUGGAAGAAGGCGGUCGUGAAUGGGACUGAGAUUUCCUUGACUCCGUGCCGGGAUCCGCUGAAGGUGAUAAGUUGGGACGGCGUUCAUUAUUCUCAUGCUGCAAAUGAGUGGGCAGCUGAACGAAUUAUCAAUGGUUCUCUAUCAGACAUUCACGUUCCAUUACUCGAAUCAUGUCCGAACCCUGCUAGUCCGUGAUCAUCAGGCACGCAUCCCAAAUUCAUAGUUCUCGUUUGAACCACAACCAUAGUUCUAAUUAGAUCCCAUGAAAAUUAACGCGGAAUCUGUUUCAGUCUACAGUCAUCACGGAUAGAAUCUUUCUUUGAUCCAAUGGUGUAACAUCCUGCUUACAAAUUGCAAUGGACCAUGAGAUGCAAUGAUCCAUUGCCUUGAGCAUGCCAGUCAAAGGAUUUUCAUUUGCUUUCACAUUUUACCAUUUACGAAUAGAAUCUCUGUAACCACGAGGUGUGAAUUUAAAUCAGAGUCCGUAUUGUAAAAUU